GCAGAGUGUGGGGCGUGUGCACCAUGGAUUGGGCUCCCCUUCUCCUCGCCCUCCUGGCUCACUGCGCAGGAUCCUGGGCGGAGGUUGUGUUUACUCAGCCCCCCUCUGUGUCGGGGUCUCUGGGACAGAAGGCCGUCAUCUCCUGCACCCGCAGCAGCGGCAGCAUUGAUGGCAGCUAUGUGCACUGGUACCAGCAGCGCCCGGGCAGGGCCCCCACCAUGGUGAUCUACGAAGAUAACCAAAGACCCUCGGGGGUCCCCGAUCGGUUCUCUGGCUCCAUCGACAGCUCCUCCAACGCCGCCCACCUGACCAUCUCCGGGCUACAGCCCGAGGACGAGGCCGACUACUACUGUCUGUCUGGUUAUGACAGCUAUAAGCACAGUGAUUCAGGCCCAUGGGGAAGGUCCCUCUCCCAGCCGGUGCUGACUCAGCCAGCCUCCCUCUCUGCAUCUCCGGGAGCCACAGCCAGGCUCACCUGCACCCUGAGUGGUGUUUCUGAUAUCAGUGGUUACUGGAUAUCCUGGUACCAGCAGAAGCCAGGGAGCCCUCCCCGGUACCUCCUGGAAUAUAAAUCAGACUCAAGUAAGAACCAGGGCUCCGGGGUCCCCAGCCGCUUCUCUGGAUCCAAAGACGCCUCGGCCAAAGCGGGGCUCCUGACCAUCUCGGGGCUGCAGCCUGAGGACGAGGCCGACUAUCACUGCGUUUCAGAACAUAGCAGUGGGAGCAGCUACCGUUACCCACAGUGUCUCAGAUGA